GUAAAUAUGAAAAAUCAAUAUUAUGAUGUGCUGGAUUAUGUCUACUCGAGCGUAGUGUAUGUGCUUUUAAUGGGGUACUGCCAUGGGUCAAAAGUUGAAAUCAGGUUGGAACCACGCCGAGCUGUUUUUCCGGCCCGAGUUGGCACCAUGAUCAACUUCUUGGCACCAACGUUCAUGUGUACUGCGUAUGCCCCAGCCUUGUUGCAGGUGGGGCGGAAUAACUACAGAGCUCUCCAGUAGCAGCUACUACAUUAUAUCCGAUGAAUCCUCUCUUUCUCUCGAGUUUCAGGAGAGUACAGAGUCCGCCUAUCGUUUGUCUCCCACUUCCAGGACAUGGUUUGGCUCACCUAAAUUCAUUCUCGAACCCAAACAUCCAGUUCUAUCCCUGAACGCAUUUUUGCAAUCUUGUUCCUAACUCUCAGAGGAGAUCGUCUACAGCUUCCAAGAUGCUGGAUGAAAAUCUGCCAACCUUCUUCGUCAAGCCCUCUAACGAAAAACCCAAGUUCAACUCUUCCUUCUUUUUCGCGCAACACGGUGCUGAACCUACACCCGCCUAUACCCUCCGGCACCUUGAUCCCUCGCUACCGGGAUCUAAAAACCGCUAUGCCGCGGGCAUCUAUGAUCCUUACUCUCCUGAUGUCCUCUAUGCUGAGGUUCUUUUGAUCCCUAAAUGGACAAAGCCGUCGUCGUCGCAAGAAGCCAUUCGGCAGAACGGUGGAGUUCCCCCCCCUCCAGAACCAAUACUACCGAAUGUGUUCAUUAUACAGUUAUACAACCCCGAUCAGCAGGUCCUUGUUCGCCACAGACCGAAGACAUGGAACUCUGCAGCGUCAUGGGAGUUUGAAAUGCCGCAGCAGACCUUCAGACAACCUUCAAACUCUACCCUCGAUCGGACAAUGAGCGAUCCCGCCGCAUCAGAUAUCACUCCAAAACUAAAAUUUAUCUGGCGCAAGGAUGGGAAGCUCUCAAGGGAUCUUAAUUGCUAUAUGUCUGGAAAGAAACUAGAUGAUAAAAAGAGCAAAGAGCCUGAUAUAACUAUUGCCAUCUUACGGGGAUUUAAAGAGGUGACUUUAUAUGAACCAAAUCUUUAUCGGGUAGAAAUUGAAGAUUUUAAGGGACUAGAGGUAGUCCUUCUGCUAGGCGCCAUUGUCAUUCGAGAUGUAUAUUUUGGUCAAAUGAGCGAAACUUUUCACAUAUCCGAUCCCCCCAAUCCCAAUAUCACAUCUGGUCCAAAGCCCAUCUCUUCACAGGAAACAAAUCAGUCACAGCCACCUACGAAACCCCAAAGGCCCCAGGUUUCCAUCCCAGAACGGCAAACCCGCCCACCCCCAGCUGAUCCUCGCACCCAAUGGGAAAUCGAUGCAGAGACUGCCAGAUUAAAAAAGGAAGCGGAAGCUGAAGCGAAAGAACGCCGUCGUCGCGAAAAAGAGGCAGAGAAAGAGACAAAACGGCUGCUAGAAGCAGAGCAGCGGGAAGCAAGAAGAAGACAGGCUGCCAUCGACCAAGAAACGGAACGCCUCAAGAAAAUAUACGGCAAAGAGGAAGCGCGGCAUAGGCGGCAACACUCACAAAGCCUUCAGGCGCCAAGGCCUAACCUACCCCCGCGACCUGCAUCUACCAAUCCCAACUCCAUUGCGCGCCACCGCUAUUCAUCCUACAUCCCCGCUCCGUCGCACAAUUUCGCGCCGCCACAGUUCGGGGCUCAGCGGUCAUCUAAUCCCCAGCUGAAAGAAAAACGAAGUAUUUUCGGACUAUUUAAGAAGGACGAUGGUCGUCAAAACACGCUAACCAGGAAAAAGAGCUCGAUGUUUUAAAGGCUAUUUUAUGUCUCUUAUCUUCUUGGGAGUUCGUUCAUUCCUACUGUUGGAGUUUUCACGGUUAUUUCCAAUACUAUGCUCUUCCGAGAAGGAACUGAGAGCUUAUACAUCUGUCCUUUUUUCUCCAUUUCUCCGCACUUCAAUGAUACCUAAGAAAUUUCAAUCAUCUUUUGUUCCCGCUCAAAAUCCGCAUGCAUAUAUAAAUAUGCAUUCACGAUCGUUAAACCGUACCUCGACCAUGAAACAACUUACUUUUCUAUCGUUUCCAGGUUUUUGUGUCUUUAAUUGUCUUUUCCGUUUCAUUUCUCAUAUUCACCAAUUGCAUUUGCAGCAUCACCUAGCAUGCUCGUCAUCCUUUAUGAAUACAUUUUGUGGCAGUUUCCUUCUUUUGUUUAAACGGUAUAUAUACAUGCUUCCUCUAAAUGAUCGUCAGGCACCGGUAGAACGAAUAAUAGUUACAAUGUGAAACCAUAAGUGCAAUUGCCAAACUGCCUUGUAAUCUAUCAAGUCACAAUUUUUGGGGUUCUGGAACCUGACACCAACAUUUCUAAGAGAUAUUUUGAUCAAACAAUAAUCUGAGUCUAUCCUCACCAAUGACUAGAAGCCAUGAUACCCGGAACACGUAUCGAUAGUGCUGGCCGCACCCGAGCGGCUAGGUUACAUACCCUGGCACAAGGUAGGUUGGUGUUGCAUGAUCGGGCCGAAACAUUUUAGCGGCUCCAAGUUAACUACCCUCCGCGCCUGUCGCAAACAGCAAGCGCGACAUCAAAGUUUCUCUCACACCCCUACACCUACUUUAAGUAGGGUUCGCGCUCUACAAACCCGAGCGCAAACCUAAGUAUCAUAGAAGGAGAAUCAAUUGAUUCCUCUAUUUUCUAUCUAGAAGGGAAUGAU